GUUACUCCUGACAUUGCCUCAGACUGACUGAAAUGGUGACCAGGUGUAUAGCUCUUGCGAUCUGCUCCUGCCUAGUGGCCGUGCUGUCCGUGGUGGCGGGUAUUCCUUUGGAUGUGGACUGCAGUCGUCGUCAAAAUGUGAAUACUGUGAGAGGUUGUUGUGCCUAUCCAACUCUAAACUUUGAUCAGUUUAGAAAACAGUGUGGCAAGCAUAUGCCAGUUGGUUCUCCAAAAAUAUCUCCUUGUCUAUAUGAGUGCAUUUUCAAUGCCACAAAUGUUUUGGAGGGAUCGGAAGUGAAUCCCAGCAAUACUCGUAGCAUGCUGGAGCGGCUGCUGGGCAACAAUCAGGACUUCCUAGAGGCCUAUGUGGAGGGCAUGCUAAACUGCUCGGAUACCGUGGAAGCCAUGCUGAAGAACAGAAGGCCCCGACAUCCACAAUCCUCCGAAUGCAGUCCCGUGGCGGUAUACUUCGCUAUCUGCACCCAAUCAUUCGUCUUCAAUCACUGCCCUUCGUCCAGCUGGGCGGGAACAGACGCGUGUGAGACGGCUCGGUUGCAAAGCCUGAAUUGUCCAAAUAACCAAUUGUCACGUGGUGCGGGUCUGAAAAAACAGUGACUUUUGGUCAGAGUAAUAAAACCUUAAACGAGCAUAGUUA